GUGCAGGUGCUGCAAACGCUGAGCAUCCUGAUCCAGAACCUGCGCAACCAGCAGACCGUGUACUACCUGUUCAGCAACAACCACAUCAACGAGAUUGUGUCCAUGCGCUUUGACUUUGAGGAUGACGAAGUGCUGGGCUACUACGUCAACCUGCUCAAGGCCAUCAGCCUGAAGCUGAACGAGGUGACGGUGCAGUUCUUCUUCCAGGCGGGGGGGCCGCGCCCGGGGUCCUCGCCCGCCACCCCGCGCCCCGCCUCCUUCCCGCUCUACACCGAAUCCAUCAAGUUUGUCAACCACAGGGACCCCAUGGUUCGCACCGCCGUGAAGACGCUGACGCUCAACGUGUACGGCAUC